AGGCGUUAGGAUUCGCCAAAAGGUUCGGAGGGAUUACCCAGACCGGACGGGCUGGCGUAACUGCCGCGAGGACCUUGGCGGUUUCCAUUUCUUGCGCUUUAAUACGGAAGAAAAACACGGGAGUCAUUCAGUUAUUCUGUCGCACUCGGAGACGAAACACGGCGUAGUCUACGGCUCCUAGGAUAUCUGUGUUGCCUUCUGUGGUCCCCCUCAGAAAGAUGCUGCUCUUGGUGCUGCCGCUGUUGGCCAUGGCCACCGGCGUGACUGCUCAAGCCGACGGCUCCUUCUGGUGGCUGAAGAAGAACACCACUUCCGCGCCGGAGACGGGCUCUCUGGAGACUUCAGCGCCCGAGGAAGUAUACUGCGAAUGCGUCCAGUAUUACCUGUGCGUGGACGGUGUCAUUAACACCGCGGGCGUGGGCGUGCUGGACGUGCGAUCCGGAGGCCCACGUCCCGUCCCCGUCACCAACGUGGAGACCUGCCCCGGGGACUUUGACGUUUGCUGCAAGCUGCCUGGAUUCAACGAACUGCCUCCAGACACGCCUUGUGAAUGCAUAUCCUUCAUCAACUGCAGUCUGGAUAAAAUGGUGCACAAUGGAGGAGGGAACACCACGCUGGAACUCCCGGGUCUAGGCGAGUAUUCCCAUUCCCAGUGCCAUCAAGCCCUGGCCGUCUGCUGCGCCCUCGAGCCCACCACGACGACCACGGCCAGCCCGUUCCCUCCCAUUCAAGGCGACGGCGCUCCGAACGCCCUUUCCUCGACUGCCUGCAAGUGCGUCGACGUCUUUCAGUGCGGGCCGGAUGGGCACAUCAUCACCAGCGGGAUGGGCCUUAUCGACAUUCGAAGUGGCGUGCGGGCCACUCAGCCACUUCCCAGGGACGAAUGCGACGACCCUCUGCAAGUGUGUUGCCGUCCUCCGAAAGACACCCAUAUUCAGCCCAUUAACCCGGGGUCGUCCGCAGUCAACGUGCGAAGGACUGCGGCACGAGGAAUGCCAACGGCGUGAGAGCUCGCAUCCUCGGAUUCCGCGAGGGGGAGAGUCAGUUCGGAGAGUUCCCGUGGGUGGCCACCGUCGUCAGGAAAGAGUCCCUGAUGGGGAAAGUCCACCACCUCUUCGUAGGCGGCGCCACGCUCAUCAACCCGAGGGUCGUUCUCACAGCCGCGCACAAGGUCCAAGGAUUGCAGCCGGACAAACUGGUGGUGCGCCUGGGCGAGUGGGACACGCAGAGCACGCUCGAGGCCUUCCCCCACCAGGACCGGGUCGUCGAGGCGGUGGAGAUUCACCCACGAUUCCACCCGAAGGGCCUCUUCCAUGACGUGGCUCUCCUCUUCCUGAAGAAGAAAAUUGAGUUGGCUCCGCACAUCGCCACCAUCUGCCUGGCGGAGAGCUGGGACGAAGUGGACCCCGAUGCCUGUGUCAUCAACGGUUUCGGCAAAGACGGCUUUGAAGACCAAGGAGAAUACCAGAAGAUCAUGAAGAGCCUGACGCUGCCUCUGGUGGAGAGCCACGAGUGCCAGAGCGCCCUCAGGACCACGCGCCUUGGGAGGUUCUUCCGCCUCCACGAUUCCUUCAUCUGUGCCGGCGGAGUCAAGGGGAAGGAUGCGUGCAAGGGGGACGGAGGAGGUCCACUCGCAUGCCCCCGAAUCGACGACCCAACACGUUACCUCCUCAUGGGCAUCACAGCCUGGGGCAUCGGCUGCGGAGAGGAAGGCCUGCCCGGCGUCUACGUCAACGUGCCUGCUCAUGCGGAGUGGAUAAAGCAGACGGUUGAUGCCAGAUUCCCAACAAAUAAGGAGAUGAACACUAUUGAUACAAAGAAAUUGCAACAAAAAUAUAAUUGAAAGGUGCAAUAAAAAGGUACAAAAAUAUUGCAAGCACAAAGUACAAAAAUGAAGGUUAGGUAGUUACAGACUACUUUAACCAAUUAAGGUAUCUGCAAUACUACAGGUUAAUAAUUACUUACAAAUUACUUUACACCAAGCUCAUUUACACUGCUGCUGUUCUUUCCCUGAUUCAAUUGAUUGCCAAGUCACUUGUGUUACUAGUGACUGCACAAAUUACAAUUUAUUUGGAUUUGGACUACAAGGUGUACACAGUAUCUAAUGGUCAUGGUUGUAUCCCAGAUGUAUAUUCAUAAGUGUCAGUGUUAGUUAUUGUUGACUUAACUUACAAAAAGACAAAGGUAUAACCAUUAUGGUUUUCCUAUACUAGAUUUCUUGGAAUAUAAGCAUACAAUUCUGAACCCAUAGAUAAGCUCACAGCUUGUUUCUGAGGGAAUUCUGAGCUGUUUUUGGUGUGAUUGUGAACUCACAGACUUGUCCAGCUGUCAUUUCUUAAUUGAUGCAUAAAAGAGAGAAAAAAAAACACGUGUUUACUGAAUGGUUUUCCUCCUGAGCCAUUGUCAAAUAAACACUCAUUUUUUUAAAUCUUUGCCUGUGCCAGACUAUUUUGCAUUAUCUUGCACUUUUCAGGCUUUUUGGUAGUUUUCAAGUUAUAGGAAGAGCAUGUUUGUCAUAUUUUAGUUUAUUGUAAAGUAAAAAUGAUAAUCAGUGAUGAAAAACAAGAAAUGUAAAUGACACAUUUCAGUUUAGACUUUGAUUUUCAUGAGCACAUGAUCCUUCUAAUCCUGAUGAAGAUAUAAAUGGAAAUGAAUCAAGUGCAUCCUUGUUCUAUCUAAACAUUUUUGUACAUUCCACAAUGAGUGAGUGAGAGAGUACAUAUAGAAACAAAAUCAUGGAAGCAGU